AACUAGUUCCCUCAGUGCUCGACGUCCGAUGGCCACAAACAAAACGCUGCGUCCCUAACCUGAUCACGGAAGAACGCGGCGUCGGCGGAUUUAGCUUCGUCUAGGAGGUGUUUUGUGCCGAAUAGCGUCUCAGAAAGCGCCGGUUCACGAUGGACGAGGACGUGGUGGAGAUCGGGAACGUGGAGAACGUCUGCAGGUUGUGCCUGUCCACGGACGAGCCGAAGUCUUCGGUGUUCAUAACGGACGAGCAGGAGGACCCCGCUGCGUCGUUGGCCAUCAAGAUCCGAUCCUGCCUAUCAAUCGAGAUUUUGACUACUGAUAAGUUGUCCACAUUGAUCUGCACAAAUUGCGUGCAAAAUGUUAAUCAAUGGCAUACCUACAAGGAAUCCUGUCUACGUUCACAGGAUAAACUACAGGAGUGGCUGACAAGUCAACAACAAUCGAAACCAACGGUUAUAACAAUUAAGGAUGAACCAGUGGACUUAGAUUACGAAGACAAUAUAGAGAUUAUCUCAGAGUGCACCAACAACCAGGAGUUAUCGAGUCUAUCAGUUGAUACAGUGGAGGGCAGCGAGACUAACAAUGAGCAAGUAGAAGAAGUGUCAGAAGACAUUGUUAACAAUGACGAAAGUGAUAAGACUAACGCGGAUAAACAGAUAGAAUCAGAAACAAUUCCAUCUGUAGCAGAGAAAGAGGUUGAUCAAGAUGAGAGUCAAGUGGUGAAGGACCAACAAAAUCCUCCACUUUCGCGUGUCAUUAAAAGUGAACCGCGGGAUGAUUACGAUACCGAUUGUACUGUAGAAUUAGACGAUAACGUAGACGAUAACGAGUUGUUGUUGAAUCCCAUGGCGCUCGGCACAAAGGAAGACGUGGUUAUGGAAGCCGAUUCCACCCAAAAGUUCAACAAUACAGCUAGUGGCGCGACACAAAAGAAAAAGCUACGACGCGGCCCUCACACUCAUUUCAGAGGCACGCGCGCUUUCAAGCAGAAGUGUGUAUACUGUCAAAUAUUUUUGCAUUCCAAACAUUCAUACAUGAAGCACAUGAAGCGAUUUCACAGUAAUAAAAACAACAGCGCCGAGAACUCGGAGUCUCAGAAUGACGAGGAGGAGAUGGUGGAGGAUCUAGAGGACGAGCUGAUCAGUAUGGAGAAGGACUCGCCGUUGACGCAAGUUCAACAGGACAUUAUCAGCCAACUGAAGACGUUCUCUUGUUACUCGUGCCAACAAAGCUUCAACGAUCGACGCAGCACGCUUUUUCAUAUCCGUCAACACCUGCCGGAUUUACGACCGUACACGUGUAUCGCUUGUCUGACUGAGUUCUCUGAUCGGUCGAUGUACCAGUCGCAUUGCGGCGCAUCCUUUGAAUGCGCCAUGAAGAUCGCAUUGGUUGUGCCGAAGCAGGGUAAUGAACGGUACUUCACGUGCAACAUGUGCUUGCGCUCUAUGCGAGGUAGGAAAGAGCUGCUCAGCCAUUUGUCCAAGCAUUCCGAUAAGCAGUACGAGGAGAUGAUGUCGCCGGCCCGACCGCCGCCCAAACUGAAGCCGAUGGCACCGUUACCAUCGCCGAAGAACGACGACGCCAACAAACCACCGCCGCAGAAAAACCUGAACGGACCAUAUAAGGACGGCGAUCCCGCGCACAAUCACACGUGCGAUCUGUGCGGCAUGAUAUACCGAUACCGGCCCAACAUGAUCAAGCACAAGCAGCUCUGUAUACGGCUGCAGCCGGAGGUGAGGACAUCGUACAAGUGUGCGCACUGUUCCAUGACGUUCCUUGUGUUCAAGAAGUUCCACACUCACGUCACGAUCGGCCACAAGAAGAAGGACUUCACCUGCGCCGUGUGUAACUCCCGAUUUAGGUCGCCGAGUGAUUAUCUCACCCACCACGAACAGCAUCGCGCGUCGCACGGCAGUCGGCCGGUGCAGCAAAACAGCGGCAAGACUUCGCAGAAUGCUCAGUUGCCGUUGAAAGAACGCAACGCCCACGGAGCGGACGCUAAGACUAAGGCCAGCGAUGAGAAGUAUACUUGCUCUCUUUGCAACUUGGGUUUCUCGACGCGGACCGAGCUGACGGAACACCGGCAUCUACAUCUCAAGGUGAAGAUAUACUCGUGCGCCAUUUGUCGUAGUAUGUUCAGCAGCGCUGGCGCCUUGGAGAUCCAUAUGAAGGACCACGGUAUAGAAGAUCCGAACGAGCAGAACGCAAACAUCUCCUGCGUGGAAUACGGCAGUUUGGACGAGGACGUGAGGAUCGAUAAUGACUCGAUAAACGCUAGCGCUGUCUCGGAUCCCGGCACACAGCGCUACGAGUGUAAUCAGUGUGGCAAGGUGCUGUCCAAUUACGCCAAUCUCAGACGGCACGCCACGAUCGCGCACCGGAACACCAAGCAUUACCAAUGCACCGAGUGCUCGGAAACGUUCACUCGUAAGGAAGUAUACGAGCAGCACAUGCAGCACGAGCACAAGACCUCCAAGACCAUGUUUCAUUGUCCUCAGUGUCCCAAGAGCUUUGUCUUCCAGACGAAUUUCAGUUAUCACUUUAGAACCGCGCAUCUCGAGAAGUCGCAGGACGGUUACGCGUGCGACAUUUGCGGCAAGGUCUUCGUCGAGGAGGCUUCCUUAAAGAUACACAAGGGCUGGCACAAUCGCGCCAAUUCUCGCCUCAGCACUCGAUUCAUUCUGGCGAAUCAAAAGAACCCCAACGACUUGCAGAAGGAUACAAGCGUCACUGAGACGAACUCACCGGAACGCCCAGCAAGAGCUCGAAAGUCCUUCCCCAACCCUUCGUCGCAUUCGUCGUCGAAGUCGCAAGGUAACUUGCAGUGCCAAGUGUGCAACGACAAAUUCAAUGACGUGACCGAGUUGAGGACACAUCUGUGGGAUAUACAUUGCGCUAAAAACAAACCAGAGAAGAGUAUAUCCAACGAUGAGCUUCAAUGCGAGCUGUGCACGAAUGUCUUCCCCGACAAAACAAUCCUGGCCGCUCACAUGAAGUGGCACAAGGCCAAUCCCAUUCUCAGCGACGUACACAAAACCUAUACUUGUGACGUGUGCAACAAAUCCUACAGUUCGAAGAAGGUCCUGUGGAAGCACAAGAGACUUCACAAGGCCACUUUUGUGACUUCCAUGAAGUUCCAAUCGUUGGCCAAGAAGCCGGCGAGUCAGUUCCUGUGCACAAUUUGUCGAAAGGUCUUUUCAAGCGGUCAGUCUCUACAGCGACACAGACUCAACUUCCACAGCGACCUACAGAAUCAGCAUCAACGUACGCAGCAGCUGAACAACAGCAACCGGAGAUUAUCGCUCGAGGAGGAACCGAAGUUGAAGCGUAUGAAAAUGGAAAUAGACGACAACCCGCCCAAGUUACCGCCUUUCGCCAUGGAUUUCGCUGGCGAGAGGAAGAAGUCGGUCAUGUGCCACGUGUGCAAGAAAAUGUUCGCCAACAUGAGCGUGUUGUACAAGCACAAGCAGGCCGUGCAUAAACCGCAAACGGGGAAGGAUGGCUUGCCCGAGUGCAGGCCGGUGUCGACGCAGGACGGCAAGUUCUCAUGCAACGUCUGCUCUAAGGAGUUCCCUGGCCUGUCGAAUCUGCGACAGCAUUUCACGAUCAAGCACAAGAAGGGCUACGACCAGCAGUACCAGUGCAACGUGUCUAGCUGCGACCUGGUGUUCCCCACGUCCGAUUCGCUGAAGGACCAUGAGCAGACGCACACCAACAUGAUGUUUAGCUGCAGACUGUGCGAUCGUUAUCUCUUCAACAAAGAGUACAUGAUGGAUCACAUUAUCAAUGUGCACAACACUGCAUACCAGGCCGACAGCAAGACGUUUCACCGGGAGAUCGAUCUCAAUACCUACGUGGUGAAGGGCGCAACCGGGGCUACGUGUCCGCGAUGCAACGUCAAAUAUCCCAACAACCGGGCCCUGAAGAUACAUUACGUGAAGGUCCACGAGAAUACCGAGUAAAAUCUCCACUGAGGUCACGACUGGUGCCGCGUCGUGUAGGAUUAUUGGGUUGCCAGGUGGGCAGAAAAGGUUUUACUGAAUUUUCACUUGCAAAAUAACACAGUGGAUCGUUCCAAUGCGAUAUGUUCCUGAAACGGAUUUACGUGUUUCUCCACGCGACGAAUCGGCAAUUCUCUUCUCGGGUUGAGCAUCCUGCUUUCGAGAGCGGAGAACAUUCGAUGGGAGGUUCGUGUCUUGUCAUAAAUUUGCCAAGAUUGUCCCAUUAAUGCGCGAGCCAAGACAUCAUAAUGGGUCGCGAUCAGCGUUAAGCUAUCAUAUUUUCGAUAUUUAAGUCACCGACGAAAGAGAAUGUGAAAAGAGAGAAAGAGGUAAAGAAUAAAAAUAAGAAUGAGGACAUGAGACGAGAUUGUAUGUGUUACGUUAAGUUGUAGUCGCAGAAUUUUCGUGUAGCAUGCACAGAUGUGCGUUUCCGUAGACAACGGUUCAUCGUAAACGAUUUGUUACCUGUUUGAUACGGCGACUGUAAUAGCGACCAAUGACACUUGUAAAUAUCGAGGCGAUAGCGAGCUAUGUGCGAUGACUUUAUGACGCGCGGUCUUUCAGUGCAGUUAUUGCGAUAAGUCGAUCGGCCAGAUUUUAUUUUCUAGGUUACGUGAAAUCGUUUAGUUGCGCGUUGUCAGUUUCACAUCAUGUACGGUCUAAGUGUCUCGCGAAAAACUGCGAGAGACAAGUUUACAUUUUAGAAUGCAUCUUUAAUCGCGUCGCCACGGUGUUUUACUUGUUUUCAUAUCGUUCCCCAUGUGCAACCUGGUCGUAGCGAUAACGAUAACGAUAAAUGACCGCGUUCGAGAGAGGCAUCGUGUAUGAUAGCUGCUUAGCGAGUUUACUUUACCUAAACACAUAUUAGAUACAUUAGGUAUUAUAACUAUUAUUAUACAUGAUAUUGCAAAAAUAAAUCUCGUAACUUGCUUACAUAACAGUAUUUAUUAAGUUUUUCCUUGAUACAUCGGUGUUUCAGUUUCGCCUAACUUUGACAGCAGAUUUAUACGCUGUGUGUUUUUUCAUUUGUUCCUCCCUUCUAUACAUAUAUACAUACAUCUCUCUCUUUCUCUUUAACCGAUUUAUUAAUAAUGUAUUAUGCUAGUUUUAUUAUUAAGUGCGUUUAUAACGCGCAAAUUGUAGUGCUUUAUGUAGCAAUAAAGUAAAAGUAAGGUAAAGAAGAAACCAAUAAAUAUUGAUCCUCGUUGUAACGAAGGCUCACCUAAACGCGGUCGCCACAGAGCCACGAGCAAAAUUUUAAUCGUAUCAUGUUACUGGUAUUUGUGAGAUAUGCAAACAUAUUUUAUUCUGGAAAAAAUGUGGAACAAUUUAAACUUUUUGAAAAUAAUUAAUGAUUUCUAUUACAAUAAUAAAAAAAAGUUUUAAGCAGGCAAUAUACAGGGUAGUUUGCAUAACUUUUCCAAGUUUGAUAUCUCUGAAAUUAAAAAAGAUAUGAAAACGUGUUUUGAACAAAAGUUGUAGAAUAUCGAGGGGAGACACACAAUAACAAUAAUAUUUGACCUUAGAAUAAUUUUGAAAAACCCUGUCAACUUUAAUUUUUUUUCAUGGAAUUGUAUGGUUUUUUCGACAUAAAUCUAUCUUUGAUCGUACAAAAAUACCGAAAAUAAAAUAAAAUAAAAUACCGUACAUAAAAUAAUCGAAAAGUGAAUAUUUUCGGAGAUAUUUUGUAUUUUAUCCUGUAUUCUACAUUUUAUCCUUUUCAUAAUACAUUUUAUCACUUUUCAUAAUACAAAAUAUAAAAUCUCAUAAACUAUUCAUUUUUCGAUCACCAUAUCUUAAUAUUUUUGUACAUGGAAUGACAAGAGAAAUCGAUCAGUUAUACUAAUUUUUACACACUGGUGCAUUAACAAAUCUAUAAAAUACACAGAAUUUUAUUUAAAAUUUUCGUAUAUUUUUUGUUAAAACAAUCGAUUCAUGCCGAGAAAAAUCCAUGAUUCCAUUAAAAAAAUUAAAAUUUACUUUGACAGAGCUUUUCAGUUAUUCUAAGGCCAAAUAAAUAUUAUUAUUUUUUACCCCUUCGAUAUCCUACAACUUUUGUUAGAAACACUUUCUCAUGUCUUUCUUAAUUUCUGAGAUAUCGAGUUAUUGAGAAUUAUAUGGAUCACCCUAUAUAUGUACAGGAUACAAAAAAUGUGCAGGAACCUCUGAAUAUCUCGAAAACAAUACAUUUCAGAAAAAAAGUUUCAAAUAAAAGUUAUUUGGUAGUAAAAAAUGUAAUUAAUGAUUAUAAUAGUUUGACUUUGGAUGACAUCGUCAUCCAAAAUAAAUUAAAUCAACAUAUAAAUCUUAAACAGGAAUCCAUAUUUUUAUUGUAUAUUCUUGUACAGGAUGUCGAGGCGUUUACAAGAUGGUAUAAAUAAAAACCCUUUUUCAAGAAUUCUCUGAGUUAUAAGCAAUUUUACUUAUGCCGCGCCAGCAUUAAUAUUAAUGCGCACAAAAAUAUGCAUAUGUAUCGAUAACAUUAACAACCGCGCUAAUGUGUCUCUGAUUUUAUAAUUAAAACGAUGUAAAUUUCCAUCAUACAACAUGUAUUACAUGAAACUAUUGCAUAAACUUAUUAGUUUACAUAAUAAUGCAAAUUUAUAUCAUUUUAAUGAUAAAAUCAGAGACAAGUUAUUAGUAUACAUCGACACAUGUGUGUAUCUUCGUGCGCACUAACGUUCGGCGACUUCAAUUAUAACUCAGGGAUUUCUUGACUAAAAAAAAAUUUAUACUAUUUCGGAAACGUCUCAAUAUCAAGUACAAUAAUAUGUAAUAAAAAAUGUGGACUUAAGACUUGUACGUUGAUUUUUAUGUCCUUUACCAACAUGACCCAGAAUCAAACUGAAAUUACCGUUAAAUACAUUUUUUAAGACGAAAAAACUUUUAUUUAAAACAUUUUUGUGUAAAAUAUGAUGUUUUCAAGAUAUUCAAGGAUUUCGGUGCAUUUUUUGCACUCUGUAUAUAUACGUGUAUAUGUAUAUAUGUCAGAAAAUUUCAUGUAUAUAUGAACAUUCUGAAAAUUCCAUAUGUACAUGGAAUCCUUAAAUUUGCAAGGAAUAAAUAUUAUACUAUAUGUUACAUUAUUAUAACUAUAUGUUACAUUAUUUCAGUGAAAAUCGAUGGCAUGAUAUACCAUCUACAAUCAAAACUUAUAUCGUCUGUAUCACUCAAAAUGAUUAUUUUUACUUGUGUAUACUUAUCUCUUUAAGCAUAUAUACGUAAAUAUAAUUAGAAUAUAAAAUAUAUGGAUUGAAGAUAAAAAUAAACGUUUGCCCAUGUAUAACAUCCGUCAACUUGGACACUAAUCAUGCUCUCCUCAUUUUCUGAAAAUAGAAAAGGAAAUUAUGUGGUCACGUUAAUAAUCUAAUAUUAUUUCCAUUGCAUAACAAACACUGUUAUUGUACUUUGUCAUAUGCGAAUGAUCUAAUAAAAGCUAUAAUGCAUUGUUAUAUAUUUUUAAA